CAAAUUAAUCUUUUUUAUUUAUCAGAUCUUCUUCUUCUUCUUCUACUUCUCAAAAAAAUCGAACCUUUUUUUUUGUUUUUUUGUUUUUUUUUGGUUGGGUCUCCGAUGAGGUGUAAGAGACAUACAGUAGAUUUCAGUAGCAGUAUAGGCGUUUGUGCUUCUUGUCUCCGCGAACGUCUCUUCUCUCUCGCCGUCUCAACCGCCGCCUCUCAAACCGACGAUCAUCAUUCUCGUAUCUCUCCACCCCCUCCUCUGCUUUUCCCUCGUUCUGUUUCUCCUUACGUUGCUCCGAGAAAAUCAGACGCCGGAGUAGACUCUGUAGCAGUAUCUUCUUCUAAUAACAACAGAUUCUUCUCAACGCCGCAAGUAUUGGAAGGCGGAGGAGGAAGAGGUUCAACCUCAUCGGAAAAAGUCUUCGUAUCAUCAUCAUUUAAGAAGAACAAAAAAAGCGGUUUAUCUCGUUUCUCAAGCUUCUUCAGACCGACGAGAUCUGACGUUUACGAUUCGCGUCGUGAUUCAUGCGACGACGCGUCCACUGUCUUUUCUCAGUCGUCAACAUCGACGUCAAGGUCAUGGCUCUCUAAGGUUCUCUCAGUUCGAUCGAAGAAGCAACAGUCAAACACAACGACCUGCUACAUCGAGGAUUUGAUCGCUGCAGAGUCCGAUCAUCAUCAUCAAAAUCGACCUAGACAGAGAUACUGCAGAGGAAUGUCGCCGGCGGGAGAAUCAACGACGAACGACGACUCAGUUGAGGAAUCACCAGGGAGGUUAAGAAGAACGCCGGCGAUGGGAACUCCGGGGAGGAGAAAGGUUGGGUUUGGUAGAAGCGUUUCAGGGAUGGCUUUUUGUUUGAGUCCGUUAGUGAGAGCUAAACCAUCUAACUGGAGAGGAAGAUUUCUGCCGGAUUUUGGUUAUUCCGAAUCACCGGCGAAUCCUCACCUUUCGACGGCGGCGUCUUUUUGUGGUAACCGGUCUAAGAAGCUUGUUGAUUUAGGAAGACUUGAUCACCGCCGUUGAUUCUCUCUUCUUUUUUUUCGUUUGGUUGGGAUUAAAAUCUGACCGUUCUUUUGUGAAAUUACCUUAAAUACCCCUCACAAGAUUCAUACUUAUAUAUAAUGUAUGGUGCACUUUACUAUACCAACAACAGCAGAAAAAAAAAAAUGAAACUACCAUUUUUGGUUAUAUAUAAUAAUAAUGUUUUCUGAUUGUGUA